AUGGACCCCAACUGCUCCUGCGCUGCGGGUGGUUCCUGCGCCUGCGCAGGGUCCUACAAAUGUAAAGAAUGCAAAUACACCUCCUGCAAGAAGAGCCGCAGCUCCCGCUGCCUCGUGGGCUGUGCCAAGUGUGUCCAGGGCUGCAUCUGCAAAGGGGACUCAGACAAGCACAAUGGCUGCGCCUGA